CUACCCAGAUUAGAGCUUGCCACCAUUUAAUUGGAUAAGGACGCUGGAUCCUGGGUGCCAUUGCCACACCAGCAAGCAACCAGUCUACUCAACCACCAUCGUCUUCGUGUUUGCUUCUUUCUUUAUUCUUGGGUUGGUCAAGGCAUCGUCUUGUGAUUCGUUGACCAAAAAAGCAAACUUACCAUUUGUUCUGUUACUUGUGCCUUUCAAGAUAAAGCAAACUACUCAAACAAAGCGGCUACGAAUUUCCUCAUGAAAGUGAAAGCAAGAGAAGAAGAGAAACUCUCACUCACUGUAAACCAGCAAGAAAAGAAAACAAUGACCACUGACAGCAAGCAAACCAAGAACCCAAGAAAAUGCAAGCAACCCAUUAACGAGGAAUCUCCACUGCUGCCAAAUCAGAGGGGCUGCGAUGAGCAGGCAGUGCAGGAAUUCAAUGGUGCAUCUUUUGCUGGUGCAGUGUUUAAUCUGUCAACGACCAUUAUUGGUGCUGGGAUUAUGGCGUUGCCUGCCACCAUGAAAGUGCUGGGUCUUGGCGUUGGGAUUGGUAUGAUCAUUUUUGUUGCGAUUUUGACACAGGCCUCCGUGGAGAUGUUGUUGAGGUUCAGCAAAGUGGGAAAGGUUGUGUCUUUCGGAGGGGUUAUGGGGGAUGCCUUUGGGAAAGCUGGGAAGGUUGUGUUUCAGUUGUGUAUCUUGGUGAACAAUCUUGGAACGCUCAUUGUCUACACGAUCAUCAUUGGUGAUGUGCUGUCUGGAACUUCUUCAACUGGAGUUCACCAUGCUGGAGUAUUGGAAGGGUGGUUUGGUGAACACUGGUGGAACGGGCGUACCUUCGUGCUGCUUGUCACAACCAUUUUUGUAUUUGCUCCUUUGGCAUCCUUAAAGAGAAUAGAUUCAUUGAGAUAUACAUCGGCCUUAGCAGUUGCGCUGGCAGUUGUUUUUCUAGUUAUUACUGCAGGAAUCGUAGUUAUUAAAUUCUUUUACGGAGGUAUUUCCAUGCCCAGGUUCCUUCCUAAUGUGUCUAAUAUUGCAUCGGUGUGGAAUCUCUUCACAGUUGUUCCUGUUCUUGUGACAGCCUUCAUCUGCCACUUCAACGUGCAUACAAUCGGCAAUGAGCUUGAGGACUCUUCCUUGAUUCAACCAAUUGUGCAGACAUCAUUGGCUUUGUGCUCUUCCGUCUACAUACUGACCAGCCUUUUCGGGUUCCUCCUAUUUGGGGACUCAACUCAUGAUGAUGUGCUAGCCAACUUUGACACCAACCUUGGCAUCCCUUAUAGCUAUUUGCUCAAUGAUAUUGUUCGCAUCAGUUAUGCCCUGCACCUCAUGCUUGUUUUUCCUGUUAUCUUCUAUCCACUGCGGCUCAACUUGGAUGACCUCGUCUUCCCCUCAUCUAGGCCUCUGGUUUCAGAUAAUUGUAGGUUUGCAUUAAGCACCAUUGGGCUCAUUUCUGUUGUCUUCGUGGGUGCAAAUUUUAUACCCAGCAUCUGGGAUGUCUUCCAGUUUUCUGGAGCUACUGCUACAGUUUGCAUUGGGUUCAUCUUUCCUGCUGCCAUUGCUCUAAGAGAUCGACAUCAAAUAGCAACAAGAAAGGACAAGAUUUUCUCUGUUUUCAUGAUUGGUCUUGCCGUGUUCUCAAAUGUGAUAGCAAUAUACAGUGAUACCACUGCCCUGUUAAAACAGGUGGUGUCCCAUGGUGCAUGAUUUUACAUUGUUUCACACAUUAGUUGAACAACCUGGACGUAUACUGAAUGCCAUAGCCAUUUGAAAUCCAGAAAAAACAUUGAUGUUUUCUGGGGAAAUAUGUGUAUAAUAAGGUGAAAGAACUCUAGCCUAUGUACUAUUCGUCUCUGGACAUGCAGCCACCGGCUCCAUGUGUAUUGGAAAUUUUUAAUGCAACACCUCAAUUCUUAAUUC